UGAAAAAAUAUAUUUUUCACUAUUAUGUUCGGUUUUGAUUUUUUUCUUUCUAAUUAGGUUCGUGUCAGUUUGAUAUAAUUCCCCGACCCCGAGGCCAGCUCCAUAGCAAGAUGGCUUAAUCCUAACCGGUAGAAACCGGGCCCGACCGUUUAUUUCUAUUAAUUUUAAUUGGAUCUCAAGUUCGGUUCGGUUGAGCAUCCAAAUUUCUAUUAAAACCCGCCUUUGCUCAAGAGAACUCUCUGCGCACACAAAGAUGAGAAAUCCAAAUUCAGUUUGAAGAACCUCUCACCAAAACAAACAAUGGAAUGGCUAGAAACUCAUUUCUCAAACUCGCCUCUCUCACGAACUCUUCACCCUUCGCGAAUCUUCUCGAUUCAUGCAUCAAAUCCAAGCUCCCACCAAACUACGUCCGCACCGUCCACGCUUCCAUCAUCAAAUCCCCUUUCUCCAACGAAAUCUUUAUACACAACCGUCUCAUCGACGCCUACGCGAAACGCGGCUCGCUCCAUGACGCGCGCAAAGUGUUCGACGAAAUGCCUCACCGAAACGUCUACACUUGGAACACUCUCGUCACGGCUUUAGCCAAGUUGGGUCUCUUAGACGAAGCCGACUCUCUCUUCCGCUCGAUGCCUGAGCGUGACCAGUGCACUUGGAACUCAAUGGUCUCCGGGUUCGCGCAGCGGGAUAGGUGCGAAGAGGCGUUGCGUUAUCUCGCCUCGAUGCACAAAGAAGGCUUCUCCCUGAACGAAUAUAGUUUAGCUAGUGGUCUAAGCGCUUGCUCUAGCUUGAGCGAUGUGAACAGAGGCGUGCAGAUACAUUCUCUGAUCGCCAAAUCUCCUUGUUUAUUCUCCGAUGUUCACAUAGGCUCCGCUCUCGUUGACAUGUAUUCCAAAUGCGGACACGUGGAUGAAGCUCAGCAGUGUUUUGAUGAGUUGCGUGGUUAUAGAAACGUCGUCACUUGGAAUAGUUUGAUUACGUGUUACGAACAGAACGGUCCCGUGGAGGAAGCUCUAACCGUUUUCAAUUUAAUGCUGAGAUCCGGUUUCGAGCCUGAUGAGGUAACGUUAGCGAGCGUGAUCAGCGCGUGCGCGAGCCUGUCCGCGGUUAAAGUCGGACGGGAAGUUCACGGACGCGUUGCUAAAGACGUUAAGUUACGGAACGAUAUAAUCCUAAGCAACGCGUUUGUUGAUAUGUACGCAAAGUGUGGAAGAGUGAAAGAAGCUAGGAUCGUGUUCGAUAGCAUGCCUAUCAGAAACGCUAUCGCUGAAACGUCGAUGAUCAGCGGCUACGCUAUGGCUGCGAGCACCAAGGCUGCUAGGCUGAUGUUCGCCAAGAUGACCGAGAGGAAUGUUGUUUCGUGGAACGCGCUCAUCGCUGGGUAUACGCAGAACGGGGAGAACGAAGAAGCGGUUGGUCUGUUUCGUCAGUUAAAGAGGGAGUCUGUAUCCCCGACGCAUUAUACCUUUGCUAAUAUCCUCAAGGCGUGUGCGGAUCUCGCGGAGUUGCAUCUCGGCAUGCAGGCUCAUGUGCACGUGCUGAAGCACGGGUUUAAGUUUCGGUCCGGGGAAGAAACUGAUAUAUUCGUUGGCAACUCGUUGAUAGAUAUGUAUGUGAAAUGCGGUUGUGUGGAAGAUGGUUAUCUUGUGUUUAGGAAGAUGGUGGAGAGAGACCGCGUCUCCUGGAACGCGAUGAUUGUUGGAUUCGCGCAGAACGGGUAUGGAAACGAGGCGCUUGAGUUGUUCAGAGAGAUGCUUGGUGGUUCUGGGGAGAAACCAGAUCACAUUACAAUGAUUGGUGUUCUCUCCGCGUGCGGACACGCUGGAUUAGUCGAAGAAGGGCGGCGUUACUUUUCGUCCAUGGCCAGAGACUUCGGUGUGGCUCCACUGAGGGAUCACUACACUUGCAUGGUUGAUUUACUCGGCCGAGCUGGGUUUCUUGAAGAAGCGAGGAGUAUGAUUGAGGAGGAGAUGCCUAUGGAGCCAGAUUCGGUUAUAUGGGGAUCUUUGCUCGGUGCUUGUAAAGUUCAUAGGAACAUCACGUUGGGUAAGUAUGUUGCUGAGAAGCUUCUUGAAGUAGAGACGUCGUCAAACUCGGGACCGUAUGUUCUUCUCUCUAACAUGUACGCUGAGAAUGGACAGUGGGAGGAUGUGAUGAAUGUAAGGAAGUCUAUGAGGAAAGAAGGAGUCACGAAGCAGCCAGGUUUUAGUUGGAUAGAGGUACAAGGACGUUCUCAUGUUUUCAUGGUUAAAGAUAAAAGACAUCCUCGCAAAAAGCAGAUACACUCGCUUCUUGAUGUUCUAAUAGCAGAGAUGAGACCGGAACAAGAUCAUGCUGAAAGAGGAUCACUCUCCUCUGAGGAAAUGGAUUAUUCAUCUCGUAUUCUUUGGGACAAUGCCAUUUUGGAAGUCUCAAUCUUGAAACCUAGAAGCACUCGUUCAUCUUCAAUUUACAAAAGUGAAGGCCAUCUAGAAGAACUCAAUCAUUCAGUUACAGUCAAUCAACAAGACAAAUCAGCUAUGGAAGGACAUAUCUUAACCCUCAAUUGCAUGUCAGAGCUCAAUAUUAUCCUCGUUAUGCUGCUGUAAUAAUUCUAUUAAGAAACUCUUUGUUGCUUCACUUUGAUUCUUCCUUCCUUUUUGUUGCUGUAGUGGAAUUUUCUGGAGCUUGAUUUUUAUUCAGGCUAAGAUUGUACUUAAACUUGAAGCCAAACAUAUUCCAGCUUAUUUUUCUUAGCUUCAGAAAAAGUUGACUCUUGUUCAACAUUUCUCCCUCGUUCUUGUUCAUCUUUCUCAUUGAAUCUUUACCUGCUUUUUAAUUAUUACCUCUUACAUUAUUGUGGAGUUUCAUGUAAUUUCACACUCUCUCCUUGCAUGAUUUUGCAAAUACUUUUGAAAAGUGACCAUCUACCUAAUUACCAUUCUUUUUAUGUAUAUUCACCUAAAUUGGCCUUUAUUUUAUUUCUUCAUAAUACUCUUUUAUAUAUUUUUAUUUUCAUUGCUAUGCUUACUUGGAGUUUUUCUUUUGCUUCUAUCUACAAAUAGAAAUAGAAAGUAAUUAAAAGUAUAUAUAUUUUGAUCUGAAAUUUUUUUAAAAAUCACAUUUGUAUAAAUUACAAACACACAAAUAAAAGUAAGGAAAUCUUACUAUCAAGUUAGAUCUUAAUCUGGAUAGUAGACAUGGAUCCUUUUGUUUUUCUAGCCCCCGAGUUUCCAUUUGCUGCCUUAGAUCCAUGUUUUCCCCCCUUUUCUUUUCUUUUCUUUUCUUUUCUUUUCUUUUCUUUUCUUUUCUUUUCUUCUUGUGGUGCUUUGUACAUGUGUUUUAAGUUGAGACCAUUUUAAUCUCUUUUCCUGAACUAUCAGUCUGUCACCACGAUAAAAAUAAACUCAUUCCAGCAAAUCGACAAUUGAUUAGUCCUUUUUAAUUAUGUUAUUGACAUAUUUUGUUUAUCAUUUCCUUCUUACAUGCAGUAUUUAGGUUUGGACAAUGUUUAGAAUGCAGAAAAAAAAUUAUAUGCAAGUAUAUGAGAAUAAGGUUCAUGCAAAAGGUUAUUUGAGCAUGAAGAGUUUAAGCGUUUACUUACCUGGACUUUAACCUUCAUCUCUUUUUUUUUGAACAAAUAACCUUCAUCUUAAGACUUCGAAAAUAUCAAUCCAUAGCGUACUGGCCUCCUUUUUCUCGUUUCCUUGAAAGAUUAUCUUGAAGAUUAUUGUUGUGCAAGUUUGGCCAAAAACUACUUCGAUUUGAAUCUGGAACUGCAAAAGGUUUCAUCAUUGAAAGUUUUAAUCUAUCUGGUUAGAAGUUGAAAUUUAGAGAGGAUCAAUGGGGUGCUGCAAAGAAUUUAAGAAUUUAUAAAUUUUGAAUGCAACAAAUGAAUCUAAAUAUAUGGCAUUAUGAGUUAAAUCAAUUACUCAAAAAAACUAUGAUUAACAGUUUUAGGGAUCGUGGGAUCAUGGGCACAUUGUGAGAGAUAUUAGGAAUUUUUAUUUUAUAUAGAUAAAAGAGAAAUAAGUUAAUACACGAUCAGGUUUUUAUAUUUAAAUUAUUUUUCUUUUAAAUUGUAGAGCAUAUUCGAUGUGUCAAAUUUUUGUUGGUCAUAUGACUUGUGCUUUAGUAUAUUAGGGAUUUAAGUCAACAAAAAGGCUCCUUCCUCGGUUUUGAGUAGGAAACAAAAUACCCUACCGAACCACAUCCAAUUUACAAAGUUGUUUCGAAUUGGAAUCGAACUUGAUAAAAUAUACAAAUGAAUCCAAAAUUUUGGUAUCUGAAAAACCGAAUUUGUAUCAGACUUGAGCAUAAAUAUUUUGAAUAUUCUAAAAUACAUGAAUUACGAUUAUAUAUUUAAAUUUAUUAAUUAUUUUUAGAUUUAAUAUUCAGAAGAUCUUCAAAACUCAAAAAUAUUCUAAAUUAUCAAAAAUACAUGAAAACACCUAAAAGUAAAUAAUAAGAAGUAUUUAAAAUAUCAGAAUUACCCUAAAUACUUACAUGUCCUUCAUCCAAAUUUCUAAACCAAACAUAUUUUCAUGUUAAUUUCAAAUAUUUAUUAUAUAAUAUUCUUUUUAUGUUGAAUAUUAUUUUUUAUUUUUGGAUUUUAAGGUAUAUUUAGAUUUUUGAAUUUGUUUAGAUAAUUUAAAUAGAUAUACAAACCUAAACCGAAUUUGCAAAAAUCCGAACUGAACCCAAACCAAAAUUUAUAAAUAUUUGAAUGAGUUUAAAUAUGUAAACCCAAUAUUCGGAUAUACCAGAAACGAAACUGAAAGGAUACACAAAUGCCAUCCCUAGUUCUUAGGACUUGUGUUUCUAAUAUUUGUUAUAAAAAUUAAAUGUCUCUAAUCUUUAAACUCUAUUAUAGAAAAACUGAGAGUAUAAAUCACUAAGAGUGAUUUAUUUUAAAACCAGUAAUUAAAUAUAUCAAAUUACAAUUAAAUUAAUUAAUUUUAAAAAUAUAAACGCUUUUUAAUUUAUAGAAAAUAUAUGUAUCAUCUAAUGAUUUUAAAUAUAAACGAUCUUCAAAAUAUUCAAAACCAAAACAAAAAGACAUUGUCAAUAGUCAAUCACUCAAUUUACAAAACGCAUACAUAAGCUAUGCAGAGCCUUAGCAGCUGACUACAUGUAGUAUUGACCAUCACAUAGAUAACUAUGCAAACUAAAAUAAUAUAUACAUAACUACAUAAAGUAUAUAUUAUGCAUGACAACAUUCCUCAACUUAGUUAAUUAUUUUUUGGCAGCUGGUAACACUGGUGUAUUCUUGGACGUAGACGAUUUCCCAAUCCCUAAGCAUCUCGAUCCCAAAUCCAUUUAUCAGAAAAUCAAACGAGCUCUUGAGAAUAAGGGUUACCGUACUCAUGUGUCACUACGGCUGUACGGGGAUAAAUAUGCUGAAGCUGGAAUCAAAAUCUGUUUGGUACCCGAUGGUGAAUUAUAUAUCUUUUUUAUAUACUUCUUCUCUGUUGAUAUAUAUAGUUGAAGGAGUUACGUAUACGAGAGGUAAUUUUAUGCUACUGGACAGUUAUCUAUGGGCAUUGGACAAUCCUGGAGAAUCAAAUUUGAUGCUACUCUCAAAAGACAUCAAACAAGACACAUGGGGGAUGCGUUUACUUACAUUUUUGCAUAGGCAUGAUUGCUAUAUUCUCUUAGGGGAUCCUUUAUCAGAGUUUACAGUUCUUUCUGAUAGUGGUGAAUGGAUUUGGAAAAGCCUGUCAGAUUGAGGAAACCCUAGCUAACUAAGAUAAAAGCUCACAAGGGGAUGACACAAAGUGCUUAUAAAAACGAAUCCUCUAAAUUGCAUCAUUGUAAUCUACUUAAGUUGAAGUACGCAAAUGUUAAGAUGCUUUAGUAAAA